UGAAAAUAAGCAGAAGAGAAAGGGACUAAGAUCUGACCCCAUCUCUCCUUUGCUUCGCCAAAAACUCUCAAAACCCCUUUUUCCCCUCUCUCAAAGGGUUUCCUUAUCCUCUCUUACAAAUCUCUCUAAAAGGGUUCUUGAAUUGUCCAGUGAUUAAUGGGUGUUGAAGUUGUGGGAUCUGAAAUGGUAAAAGUAUCUGUUGACAAUGCAACUGAAGUUGACGAGUCACUUCUUCACGAUAAGGAAAACGGGAAACUGGACAAGGAUCGGGUUCAUAGUGAACCCAUUGAAGUCGGUUCCGAUGCCGAGGAACCAAAUAAGGGAGAAGAGAAAAAUGUAUCUGAUGCUAACUUUCCGAGUGAUGCAGUUGCCGACUGGCCUGCGCCUAAGCAGAUCCACUAUUUUUACUUUGUAAGGUAUCGUCCUUUUGAUGAUCCAAAGAUAAAGGCCAAAACCGAUCAGGUUGAUAAGGAGAUGCAAAAGUUGAAUAAACUCAGGUUUCAGCUUAUUGAUGAAUUAAAAUCAUACAAGUCGGAUCGAGCAGAGCUGCUAUCUCAAGUGAAAGCCCUGAAUGUUGAUUUCGAGCAGUUUAAGACAAUGUUAGGUGAGAAAAAGAAGGAAAUGGAACCACUGCAGCAGGCUUUGGGCAAGCUUCGCAAUAAUAACAAUGGUGGAGGUCGUGGUGGUAUGUGUUCUUCUGAGGAAGAGCUGAAUGAUCUUAUCUAUAGCUUGCAAUAUCGCAUCCAGCAUGAAAGCAUCCCAUUGUCCGAGGAGAAGCAGCUCCUUAGAGAAAUCAAACAACUAGAGGGAACCCGAGACAAAGUUAUUGCCAACGCGGCGAUGAGGACAAAGAUUCAGGAAUCACUGGGUCAGAAAGAAGACAUUCAAGAUCAAGUUAAACUUAUGGGUAAUGAUUUGGAUGGAGUAAGGAAGGAACAAAAUGCUAUAUGGUCUAAGAAAAAGCAAAUUAAAGAAAAAGUGAAUGCGAUAGAGAGCAAAAUCGAAGCUUUACAGGAAGAGCUGAACACCGUGAUCCAGAAGAGGAACAAAGCUUAUGAAACCAUGCAGCAACUGUGGAAACAACGAGAUGAGGCGAAUGCUCACUUUUACCAAAGCCGGUCACUCUUAAACAAAGCCAAAGAGCUAGCAGCAAAGAAAGAUAUAAAGGGUCUUGAGGAGCUUUCGACUGUUGAGGUCGAGAAGUUUAUGGCUUUGUGGAGCAGCAAGAAAGCCGUCCGGGACGAUUAUGAGAAAAGGGUUUUGUUGUCCCUGGACCAGAGGCAAUUAAGUCGGGAUGGUCGGAUAAGGAAUCCCGAUGAGAAACCACUGGUUGUACAGGUGGCACCGGUGCCUUCUGCACCUGAAACGAUUCCAAAACCUAGUGUCCGACAACCAAAGGAAGAAGCCAAACCUUCUCCUGAACCAGAUACGAAACCAAAAAAAGGCAAGAAAGAUGCUGACAUCAAAUUAGUUGAGUCAAAAUCUUCUCCCAAGAAUGAUGCCGUAGCUGAGAAAGAGAUCUCUGGAUCCGGCAACUUGCAAAAGGAAGCCGAAAAGAAAUCUGCUGAGAAGGAAAUCGACGCAGCUAAACUGAAAGAAAUGAAGAGAGAAGAGGAAAUAGCAAAAGCGAAGCAAGCCAUGGAAAGGAAGAAGAAGAAGGCUGAAGAAAAAGCAGCCAAAGCAGCCAUAAGAGCUCAAAAGGAAGCUGAAAAGAAGCUCAAGGAUCGCGAGAAGAAGGCAAAGAACAAGGCGGCAGCAUGUGCAAAUACUGAGGAACCGACCGAAGCUGUGGUUGAGGCUCCAGAACCUGAGAAGGAUGAAAAUGCCGAUGCAGCAGUUCCUGCUUCUGUUGUGGGGAAGGAUAAAGUUCAGAAGGAGAACACCAUAAGGUACAGGAACCGAACUAAAGGUCGUGAUUCACUACCGAGACCCAUCCUGAAACGUAAGAAGUCGACCAACUACUGGAUGUGGGCUGCCCCUGCUGCACUGGUGGUGCUGGUACUUAUAGCUUUGGGUUACUAUUAUCUUGCAUGAAGAAAGUUAAACUCGAACCGGAACCGAACCGAAUGAGUUAUACAGACAAACUUUUUCGGUUGAUAGUGGUU